UGUUUAAAAGUUAAGAGUUCAACGGCGAUACUGGAUCCGAUGAAAUUAGCCUGAAGAAUGAAUAUAUUACCAAAAAAGAGUUGGCAUGUGAGGAACAAGAAAAACAUAGAAAGGGUGCGACGAGAUGAAGAAAAAGCAGCCAAUGAUGAAAAAGAAAAGCAGAGAAGAAUUGGACUUGCUGAAUCAGAAUCAAGGAGUAGAAUGUUAAAACAUUUGGCCAGCAAAAGGCAAGAAACAUUUGUUGAUGAGGAAUGUAAUAAUAACAAGCAUGUGAACUUUUUUGAAAAUCUGGAAACUGGAGAAAAGUUACCAAGAAAAAACAAACAGCACGAAGAGGAACAAAAAUAUGAAAAAGAAAAGCAGGAAAAGUCAUUAGGCAUACUAUCUUAUUUAGGUCAAGGGUCAUUUGAACUAGAAGAUAAAAGACCAUGGUACUGUGAUCCACAUAGAAAAAUUCAAUCUACAGGUGAAUUAGAAGCAAAGAAAAAGAAACAUUUAGAUCCUUUAGUCUCUAUAAAAAAAUACAAAGAGUGCACAAGAAAAAUUGAACAGAAAGUUUCAACCUCAGAUAAAACACAUCAGAAGUACCCUGCAAAGAGUAUUACAAAAAGCGGCAGUAAGUCAUACGAGCAGUUAAGAGCAGAAAGAAUAUCCAGAGAAAACUUAGAAAGGUCAAGACAGCAGCAACUGUCAUGCAAGAACACGCCGGAAACUAUAUGUGAUGAAAGGCAGAUGCCAUACAACUCACAAUUCAACCCCGAGCUAACAAGACGAAGGUGAUUGCCCAAAUUAAUUCACAGCUCGACACUCAAGACAAAAAUAAUUGGACAUGUUUAUUUACAGAUUACACAAAUAUGACAAUAGUAAAUUUUCUCAAACGAUUUUCACAAUUGUAAACUAAGACAAAUAAAUAGCCUUAGCAACCCCGUCUAACCAAUUUUUAAAAAUUAAACAGAA